UCGCGGGAGCUGUGACCUCAGAUGGGAGACUGACAGGCCGUCGACAGUGGCGGGUGGGUGCACACCUGGACCUUCACAGGGCCUCCCUCAGACCACUCCAGAAACCAAGCCAUUAGAGAAGAAACCACCGGCGGGAGAGAGAAAGAGAGAGAGAAAGAGAAAGAGAGACUCUGAGUAAGAAGGGGAAAGAGAGAGAGACAGAAUUGAGGACAAGUGCUACCGAACAGGCUGAGGCUCCUCGAACUGUUGGGAGAGAGAGGGCAGGAGCACCACCAGCAGAAGCAGUGGCAGCAGCAGCAGCAGUAGUGGCAGCAGCGGCAGUGGCAGUGGCAGGCGUGCCGGAUUUAGCCCUCCUUGAUGCGACACAUGGCGUCCAACAGCAUCUUUGACUCUUUCACCAACUACCCCUCCUCUUUACUGCGAGAUCCGGGCACCAGCAGACGCUUCACGCCGCCCUCCGCGUCGUUCUCGUGCGGCGCAGUCAAGUUGGACGGCGGUGGCGGAGGAGGCGGCGCGACCGCGGGCAUGAGCGGCGCCCUGCAGGUGGGAGUACGGGCGCGGGCCGAGACGCGCUCCGUGGUGGACGUGCUGGCGGACCAUGCCGGAGAGCUCGUGCGCACCGACAGCCCUAACUUCCUGUGCUCUGUGCUGCCCUCGCACUGGCGCUGCAACAAGACCCUCCCGGUGGCCUUUAAGGUGGUGGCUCUGGGUGACGUGCCGGACGGGACGCUGGUGACAGUAAUGGCCGGCAAUGAUGAGAAUUAUUCCGCGGAGCUGAGGAAUGCCUCCGCCGUGAUGAAGAACCAGGUCGCGCGCUUCAACGACCUUCGCUUCGUGGGCAGAAGCGGCAGAGGGAAGAGUUUCACCCUAACCAUCACUGUGUUUACUGGACCUCCCCAGGUGGCCACAUAUCACCGGGCCAUCAAAGUCACUGUGGAUGGACCACGAGAGCCACGACGUCAUAGGAUAAAGAUGGAGGACACACAGAAGAUGCAGUUUUCUGAGCGGCUGUCUGAGAUGGGUUUUGCACGUGGCAGUUUGAGGAUGGGCACUGGCAAUGGAGCCACCCGCCCCACACACCAGUCCCAUUACCCCGCCACCAGUGCCUCCCAGAUAACAGGGCUGUGGCCAGACCAGCUCGAACCAACUCCACUGAAAACCUGCAAAGUGGAAGACGACAUCCGCUGGCCGAGUACUGACCUGUUCCAGCAGAGACCCACCUUUCCGUCGCUUUCGCCGCUGACCGCUCCACGCUUCUCUGACCCCCACAUGCACUACCCGGGGCCCUUCACGUACUCGGCCAACCCGUCCGGCACGGGCAUCGGCGGUUUGAGUGUUACCGGCAUGUCGGCCUCCACCCGCUACCACACCUACCUGCCUCCACCGUAUCCCGGCAACCAGAACCAAAGCUCCCACUUCCAGACCAACUCCUCCCCCUACCACCUGUACUAUGGCACCGGCUCAGGCUCCUACCAGUUCUCCAUGGUGUCGGCCAGCAGCAGCUCGGGAGGUGAGCGCUCGCCCACUCGCAUGCUCACUUCCUGCACGGCGGCGGGAGGGGCAGCCGGCUCAGGGGCCGGCAGCCUGAUGAACGCCAGCCUGGGCAGCCAGAGCGACGGGGUGGAGGCAGACGGCAGCCACAGCAACUCUCCCACUGCCAUGACCACAUCGGGCCGCAUGGACGAGUCCGUGUGGAGGCCUUACUGAGUGAGCGUGGACGGGUGGUGUUGGAGGGGCGGGGUAAAAGAAGGAAAGGCUAACAUGCUAAAGUGCUUGGCCUCCUCGAGGAGAAAAUCUUCAUAUAAAACCAUUUAAAAAGUGACUCAGAAUGAUAAAACAAUAUAAAACAUCAAAGAAAGAUACAGAAGAGACGUAGAGACACUGAGAUAAGGAAAUGCGAUGAACAGAACAAAGCAAAAACAAAAAUCUAUUAAAUUAUAUAUAUAUAAAAAAAAGAAAAUGUUGCAUGGUUGGUUUUGGCGCCCAAUUCGGCGCCCCCUUCCAAGUUCCUUUUCCUAGAUCUUUUUUUAAACCAAAGAGAAAGACAUUACCUUAAAACUGUAUUUCCUAACGCUCUGUGCCAAGCCUUGCCCUCUAAGACUGAGCCGUCAUGAGCAAAGGGCAGAUGAAGAAUGGCAACCCACUUCCACUUCCUCAUCCUCUUCCUCUUGCUUGAACAAGCGCACCUAAAUCGCAGACUGCUACUUUUUGCUUCGUAUAACCAGAGUGCCUGGACAUCGACCUGCCAACCGAAUACGGCACCUGCCUCACUGCCUAGACAUCAGGACGUCCAGUCACAGAAAGACUCCUUUGACCAUUCCUGGCCACUGACCUUUGGUACAGAACUUUGCCAGACCUGCCUGGACUGGCAUGUAAAAAGUAAAGUAAACCAUUUUAACUAUCAGUGGUCAACAUGGUCAAUUUACGAUUAAAAGGCUUUUAUUUAUGUCUUUGUUUGUUGAUUUGAGCUACGUUCAUCUUUAGCCUCCAAGCUUUAAGUUUAAGUCUAAUUUAAACGGUACAGCAUUGAUUACGACGCCACAGCUAGUGACUAUCAAAUACCAAAGAUGCUCAAUCAAUGCUUCAUUUUUGUUUCGUUUUCGUUUGAUUUCGUCUGCUCUGCAACAAUUACGAACAAUUACAAAUCCUCAGCCAAAGUGAACAUGCUGAGAUGUUCUUUUGGGUUAUAUUGUUUGUUUGAUUGGGAUUUUUGUUUCAUUUGUUUGCUGGUUUAAUUUUUUUUUUAAAUACUGUGGUUCCUUUAAGCCAUUGUUUGUUUGAAUUUUUGAAUUUUAAAUAACAAGGUUUGGGUUUCCUUUAAUUUAUUUGAGCCAAUUCUACUUAAAUAUUCUUUUAUUGUUUCCAGGUCGAAAACAUUUAUCGUUUAUCUAUUUGUCCUUGUUUUUUUUUGUUGCUGUUUUUUGCCUUCCAUUUCUUUGUUAAUCUUAAUUGAUUUAAUAUAAAGUUACAAGCCAUGCUACUGUAAUAUAUGAUGCCUAAAUUAUGAAAAUGGUAGAAAGAUUUUUAUGUAAUGUCUGUUGUUUCCAAUGUAGCGCCAAUGCACUAAAAGGUUUUUUUUUUAUUUAAUGAUUUAAAGUCAUGAUGGGUCAUGAUAGGUAUCCACCAUAUUCACCAGAUGCAUUCCACAUUCCAAGCAAUUAAUUCACAUUAUUCCCAUUUGAACUGCAAUAGGAUGCAGCACUAAUGGCACCAAAUGUUAAAAAUCUGCACAGUUUUUUUUUUCAUUAACGCUCCAGGUCACAAACUACCACUUUCCCUUUAUUGGCCAAAGUGUGAAAGCCUUCCGGUGUCAUUCUAAUCCCUUCUUCCACAAUAAAGAGCGUAGAUAGCUUUAAGCGUGUACAUUAUCCGCCUCAUUCCUCAGUGAAUAGACUGAAACUGUAGCCGAUAUAACUGGGCAUGCCUGGCAGCGCAUUGUCUCCCAUUAUUUGAAUAACAAAACUGAGCACAUGCUCCAACAUUGGAGGUAAAGUGGCCAGAACUCUCCCUCUCUGUCAGAUCCCUCCAGGCUCAGGUCUGGUACAGGUGUGUGGGUAUACUCUAUGUAAUAUCUCACCACCUACAGGUCUUUCCCAGGCCCACCACACCCCCUCACACCUGAUCCCUGCACCUGAAGGCCACAGGAAGGGAAACGUAGAUGGAGCCUAAGAUGGAUAGUGAGAUGGGGAUCCUCUUUCAGUGUCCAGCAGUUAGCCUACAGGGCGCUAGUUAUGCUAACGUCGCGCAGGUUCGCUUUGUUCGCUCUACUUUGAAGCCUUUGUGGAGGAGCUUUGUCUCUUUCUCUUUUGUCAUUUGUACGUAAUUAACGUUUGAAAGCUGGAGGCCAUUGAGAUGUAUGAGAUGUAUGAGCUGUAGGCCUCUAAGUGUGUGAGAAGCUUCAAUGCUAAAUUGGCAAUGAAGAAUCCUCUGCCUAAAGACCCUCUUAUCUGGAACAAGAAGAACAUUUUAAAAAACACAAGAGGAAGCCAUGCUAACUAGCUUUAUGCUGCAUGUGCAUUGGUUAAGUCAGAUGAUGGAUGUUGGAUCAUCACCUCACUCAACUCAUACCCAACUCUCCAAAUGACAGUUUUACAGCAUCACAGCUUAAUAUAAGAGCCUUAUACUUCUCUAGACAUGGUGCCAAUACAUUUAUUUUCAAUGAUUUGCUUCAGAUAGUUCUAAUCUAUUGGCAAUACUUCUCUGCAGGGACUAGAUGAGACAGGCUGUAUUUGUGUCAGAAACCCCAAUAACACCCAACCAACUGUUAAGCAUGGUGGCGAUAGCAUAUUGGUCCUUGGUUGUUAAGACCUCUUACAGUGCACAUAAUGGGUGAAAUAAUGGGGGAAAAGAGAACAUGCCCAUUCAAUAUUAUAGAAAUCAAAAGUUUAAUCAAGAUCUAAAUCAAAGUGAAUAAAGAUGUUUGUUUAUAAAGCUUCACAUCAAUGUCAGUUUCUAUUGUAAAUAUGGUGGAAAGAUAUAAAAAUAAAGAGGAAAGCACAACCCAACUGAACAAAACCACAGUAAAAAGAGCCAUGAUCAAUGUUACAGGACAAAAUCAGCCAGUGCCCUUCUGAUAUAUGACCAAACCUGAACGUUUAUCACAUUAAGAAUUAAGUUUUACUUCCGCGAUUUUCCUGGCCGAUCUACGCUGCCUGAUGAUGACUAGCACACACACACACACACACACACUCAAAUCUAACGUGCUUUACCCUCACUGUCACAUUGAGAUGUGUAUUCAGUAGAAAGCUCAGUGGUUCCUUUUCCAGAACAAAGUAAUGUUUUUCAGUCACUGUAUAAUAUUGUAAUUUUCACUCUGUAACAUGCUCUGCUAUCCUCUUCCUUCAUUGUGUGCAAACAAUGUAAUUUUUGAUGCAUUUUAAUUAAAAAAAAGACAUGUUUCUCGCUUGUA